CCCCGCGGUCGCUCGCUCGGGCCGCCCGCCCGGCGUAGCCUCGCGUAGCGCGCGCGUAGCUCACUCGAGCUACGGGAUCGUAGCCUUUCACCCGCUACAUCGGGUUUGCCUUUAGAGCUAUUUAAAAGCAUGCCAUUAAUAUUAUGCCCUUUUGUGUAUUAAAUGACGAGGCUAAUGUCACGUUGGGAAACCAUGAAUGGCACCAGUGAAAACUUGUUUGUGUAAUUCGUCGUGUUUCUUUCAGUGCUAAAUUAAUUGUUUAGCGAUGCCAUAUCGUCAAGCUAGUGGGAAAUAAAAGCGACCAUGAUUCAUGUGGACAGUUUCAAGCGUCCGUCGCCAUCGCCGUCACGAUGUUCAGUGCGGAGUGACAGCAGAGUGUUCCGCCAGCCGCGCGUCAUUCAGGUGAACCGUGACGCUGCCACCAUGAUGGAUGACGAGAGCGCCGUCGGAGGCUCGAGCAGCGCGGCGGAGCCUACCUGCCCGGCUGAAUACGAGUCACACGUCAGCCAACACGCGGCACAUUUCCGAUCGCGAACGUUCAGUGAUGGAUUCAUAAGGAACACUAGUCUCGAGCUGUUGCUCGGAGUAGAUUGCGAAGCUUGCCUUGCUCUCGCUGCACAGCAACGCUGCAUCAAUCAACCAAUAUCUGAAAAAGAUUUCGAUUUGGUUUGCAAUUGUAAUAUUCGGCAGAACAAUUACAUAAAUUGCUAUCGCGACUCAUUUAAACAGCGCGGGCACACCCUUAAUAUUUACGACAUAGAAAGGAUCAAAAGGGACACGGGACGAAGUACCUUAGCCAUCGGAUCCCAUCGCAGUUUAGACAGAAAGCAUUAUAAAAGCAAAACUGUAGGCGUAUCGAGAUACAUUUCAAAACAAUUCAUAUCAUACGACCCAAACAACACACUGGUGCAAAAAAUCAAAAGAAAAUUAUCUAAUUUGAAAAAAGUGAAAGCAGAACCGAUCACUAAAAAACCACAAAACUCACUUCAAUUAGCAGAAAUGGCAUCCAGUUCAACGAAUUCACUGAAAAGGCUCUCAAUGCUAUCACUUGUAGAUAAAUCACAUAGAAAAAUGGAUACUCAAAGUGGCAUUUUCUCAUCUUCGGGCCUUCAAUCAAAAGACGAUCUAAAAAACAAUAUCACGACGUACGAAAACUUUUCUUCUAACAUCGAUCAAUGUUUUGACCGACUUCGAAAUUGUAACGAGGAUCUCACAUCGCAGAAUAGCGUACGCUCGAGGAACUUUGAAAACAACGAUGAACACGCCGUUAGAAAUUCGCCUCUGAUUAAAUUUUCAACUCUCGAUAAUCGAAGUCGUUGUAGAAGUAUUAGAAGACAGCUGUCGUGUAACGAGUUUCCCAGCGAUAGAUUUAGAGAUCGAGUAUCCGAGACGUGGGUGCAAGACGAAAAUGCUUUUCUGUCGAGAAAUUUGCAGAACGACGUCGUGGACGAUACGCAAACAUUUGUCGAACCCGAUAAAGUAAUAAGAAGUUCAGCGCGCAACGCACACGCGCUAUGUACCUGUAAUACUCACCGUGACAACAGAAUCCCUUCAAUUUUUUACGAUGCGCAUGGCAAAAAGCGAACAACGCCAGCUCCAGACGUAACAGAGCGCUCGCAGGGACGAACGCCCGCAUGUAACGCGUGCAAGCCUGCCCAGUGGCUCCCUCCCGGCACUUCCACUACUAGCCACAGCUCAACCACUACGGCUAAUUCUUCACGUCUGACGGCAUGGCACCGCCGCUGGUGUUGUGUGGCCAUAUUGGUGCUGGUGGCGGGCACUGCCUGCGUGGCGGGCCCUUUAGCGCUGCGGGCCCCGCCUGGUGCGCCGCUACAUGAGCGGCUACGGCUGGCGGAGAGACUUCUACACGAUACGCCCCUGGUGGACGGCCACAAUGACUUGCCUUGGAACAUUAGGAAGUUCUUGCACAAUAAAAUCAAAGAUUUCAGAUUCGAUGAAGAUCUCCGCACCAUAUCACCAUGGGCCACGAGUUCCUGGAGUCACACAGACUUGCCACGACUAAAACAAGGUCGCGUCGCAGCUCAGUUCUGGGCCGCAUACGUGCCCUGCGAUGCGCAACAUCGGGACGCAGUGCAAUUGACCUUCGAGCAAAUAGACCUCAUCCAGAGGCUCACAGACAAGUACCAUCCACAGCUAACAUUCUGCACAUCGGCUGAUGAUAUAUUGUCGGCGCACGCAAACCACAGACUAUGUUCACUUGUGGGCGUGGAGGGAGGUCAUGCGAUAGGAGGGUCUCUCGGAGUACUCAGAACAUUAUACCAAGUCGGCGUCCGAUACCUGACCCUCACUUCCACUUGCGACACUCCGUGGGCGGAAUGCGCAUCUACCGAUCGCCCCGAGUCCACUCUGAGAGGAGGGUUGACGCCAUUCGGUAAGGUGGUUAUAAAAGAGAUGAACAGGCUCGGCAUGUUGGUGGACUUGUCACAUGUUUCUGAACGCACGAUGCGCGACGCCCUCUCUGUCUCGCGUGCACCUGUCCUGUUUUCGCACUCAUCAGCUCGCGCCAUUUGUAAUGUGACCCGCAACGUCCCAGACAGCAUUUUGCGACAACUAGCGGCCAACAAGGGCCUCAUUAUGGUCAAUUUCUACACAUCAUUCCUGUCGUGUAGAGACACCGCAACAGUUCAAGACGCAAUAGAACACAUAAACCAUAUACGUGACAUCGCGGGCGUAGAUAGUGUCGGGCUGGGAGCCGGUUACGACGGAAUCAAUUACACGCCACAAGGAUUGGAAGAUGUAUCAUCAUACCCUUUGCUAUUUGCUGAAUUAAUGGAGGACGGUUGGAGUAUAGAAGAUUUGAAAAAGUUGGCUGGUCUAAACCUUCUACGUGUUCUAAAUGCCGCUGAAAGAGUUUCCCGGGAGCUAGCCUCAGCUCACGUAACGCCGUAUGAAGAAGUCGCCCCACGCAUCAUCGACGGCCAUAAUUGUUCCAGCCAAGAUCUCUAGACUCGUCAUCAUCAAUUUAAGUGGGAAGAUCUCUAGACACGUCAUCAUCAAUAUAAGUGGAAAGAUCUCUAGACUCGUCAUCAUCAAUAUAAGUGGGAAGAUCGCUGUACUCGUCAUCAUUUAUAUGGCCAAGGGCCAGGCCUGUUUGUAGGAGAGGAAGGAUUUGGAGCUAAGACAAACUCGCUGCCUGCUGCACUAAGUUGUCUGUUAUUGAAGAGAUAUUGUUUGAAAAAUAGCGAUAUCACAUCAUAUAUAUCUUUUGUCAUUGCAACAAAUAAUUAUGAGAGUUUGUUAUUAUAUAAAGAUGUUAAGUGUUCUGAGCUUGCAACGUUUUUAAAAGGGAUAUCGACUUUUUUAGUCUUCAUUCACUUAUGACUCACGAGACUCACACAAUAGUUCAGGCUCUAACAAACACUUUGGUUCGAGUGUCACGAUAUGACACGACACGAACCACGAUACACGAGACGAGAUGAAAUGCCUCAUGCAACGACAUUAUAUUGUACGUACAUCAUUGGCCUCAUGAGACAUUUCGUAAUUACGACGAAUUUUGUCAUCACAGAACAAGAAAAUAAUUGGAUGUCCAAUUACAUGUUAUAGUUGUCACAUCUAAAUGUCUGCCUUCCGAACUGGUAGUAGAGUCACAACAAACAGAUAAACUUGACCUACGUGCUUGUUGACUUGUAUUCUUGAAAUUAAUUAAUUCGGUUUGAUUUGUUUAUAAAGAUCGACAAACUUUAUUAUGCACGCAGAACAUGAGAACAAUAAAGUUUUAUUGUACUCAGAUUAUACAGAUCUCCACAAGUUAACCGCUAAAGAGGCAACUAAAUAAAUUUAAGAGGAAAGAAUAAUAAAACUGUAAACUGUUAUAAGCCAAGUUGGUGAUUUUGAUAGUUUGUUCUUUGCAGAUUUAUAAAGUGAAGUAAAAUCAUAACUUACCCAUAAAUAUCCAGCGUUUUCUCAACGUAGCAUCCAUCCUCCAUUUUUCAUUUUCACUAAAGGCUUUGAAUGCUUUGAAUAGAUAUUUUCAUGUUCCCCCGAGAAGUGAUGUCGCUACAGCUAGAUGAGAAAUCGUUAUGAAGAAUCCUUUAAUUACUGUAUGAAUUUAAAUUGUAUAUCCCAAGCUUUAAUAUUUUGGUACAUAUUUGAAUAAAUUAUUAUAGUAGGUGUUAUCCUUCGCGUUAGGAUAAUUUUUUAUAAAUAAUAAAUGUCAAAAAUACUUACAUAUAUAUUUAUGUAUUUUUAGGAAAUUAAUUAAGCCAAGAUUUUUUUAUAUUCAAAUUGGGUCUCUCACUCUUGAUAGCCUACAUAAAAAUAGACAAAUUGUAUUAUGGAUCCUGGAGUGAGGCACGCAAAUGUAACGUACCUACGCGUACCAAUUAGUUGUAUAAUUCUUCUUUGGAUAAAAAUGUCUUUAAUAAAAAUAUCAUAUCAUAGAACUAUUUAUAAAAUUAUCUUACUAGGGCUUAAAAUAAAAUAAAAAUUACGUGAAGUAUUCUUUUUUUAAUAAAUUAUGGAUUAUUUUUACUUUUUAAAAAUCAUCGUUAUAGAAACCCAAAGAAAAGUUAUACCUAUAUAUAGGUAACCUACAGUUAAGCGCUAUCCUGCACAUAUAAAAAUAAUGACUUUUCAGUUUACGUUUCCGGAUUAGUUUAAUAGUUUAUCUUAAAAUUGUUUAAAUAUUUUUAACUAUUCAGUAUCUUCCUUAGUCUACUUGAGGUAAUCCAUGAAUAAAAUAUAAUAGUUCACGUAAUUGAUUGCUUUUAAAAUAAUAGGUAAACCAAUCCUAAAUAGAUUUUUUUGUGUACUUAUAUUAGGUAUAAUGUAAUAGAUAAGAUUAGUACUUCAACGGACAUAAUUUCUUUUUUAUUAUUCUAUGGUUAUUACCAAAACCGUAUGUGAUGUGUGUACGAGGUUUAGUUUUGCCGUACGAACUACGUUGUAGACGUUGUCACGUUCAACUAUCGUCAGUAAACCGACUUUACAGACAACUGAUUUUUUUUAUUAAGAAACAUUUUGACAUCUCGUACACCCUUCACCUAUCUCCUACCUAUUAUAUUAUUUCAUUGUGUAUGCGUUUUACGUUCAGUACAUACUCGUACCUAUUUAUAUAUGGAAAUUGUGGAUUCCAACUUUUAAAGUAAAGUAGAUGACGCUGAACGUGAAAUGUUUUUUUCAAGACGACCAAAGUAGAGCGGAGCGUAGAAUAGACCUACCUAUAGAAUAAGAUCUUGAAAUUAUAAAAAAAAAUGUCUCGAGGUUAUGAUCUCUUUUGUACCUUCCUACUAAAUGCAAUAUUAGUGUAGGUAAGUAAUAAGUAUUUUAAUAAUAUAAUAGAUCGAUCUAGAAUAAAAAAAUAUGUAUGGCAAGCCAAAGUGUUGUGACAAGUAAAAGAAAGAGGAAACUUAAUAAUAUAUAUUAUAUUAUAGCCUACCUAGUAUUUAGGUAUCCUGAAAUGCUGCAAACCUUGUAUGAACAGCUAUACAAGGUUUGCAGCAUUUCACUUACCUUGUAGCUAUCUACACAUAGUCUUGGUUUAAAUUGCGACUAGAAGAUGGCCAAACUUAAGACUGACGUUGCUUAAAGACGUUGUUGAACGUUUUUGACGUGACAACGUCUUAUAAUUCGAUGGAGCCGGCUGCAAACUCGAAAAAAGCUGACGUCAUGCGUCCUUCCCUUGUUCUAGGGUUGCCAACUUUCUGUACAAGAAAUAAAAUAUAUUCUGGUCUAUGAAGAUUAUUGAACAGUAUUUUAGAAAAACGAACAUUUUAUUCUGAAAAAUGCAACCAUUUCAUCCAGUAUUUUUUAUGACGUUGUCACGUUCAACUACCGUCAGUAAACCGACUUUACAGACAACCGAUAUUUUUUCCGUAAAUUCAGUGGUUUUCUACAUUCUAGGAUUUAUUUAAAGAAGUUUAUAAAAUACCUUCUUUUUUAAAUAGGUACCUACAUCCUCAUCACUUAAACGGGCCCUACAAGUAUGUUUGGCGCUCUGAAAACAUUGUUUGACUUAAAAAAAAAAAAACAAUUUUUUAAAUAUCUUCUUUGAAAAAAAAAGAAAUGCGAAAGACGGUAUUAGGAGUGGAUACGUCCACCGUCAUAGUAAAGAUACCACCAUUUACCGUUGAGCUUGUAUAAGGCUAUAAACGAGGUAUUCUUGUAUACAAAAAUCUAAAUAAAGGUAUAAUCUGAAUCUCGGAAACGGCGCCAACGAUUGUAUCUAGGUUUCAUUUUUAGAAAAAAUCGUUUUAUCCGCGUUUUCAGGCCAAUACAAAAUACUGAUAAUACUGUGGUUAUUCAGGCAAUUAUUACAUAUUAUGUUUUAAAUUUGGCGGGCGAUUUCAUUCUCUACUUUCACCAAACUCUAGUUAAUUUAACUUAAGUGGCUGCGACAUGUCUGUUUAGACUGUCGCAAUAGGGAUGAUGACAGUUUUUUAAAUUGUAUAUAAAUUACGAGUAUACUAAUAGUAAAGCAAUUUUGUAAAAGGAACAGGGUAUCUGCGAUCAUUACUUUCGGAGCUACAGGGAUUUAAAGAGUCAGAUUAGCGGCGCUGCCGCGGAUCCCUGAAAAACGCCCCAUACAAAAUGGCUCGAAAAAAUGACGUCAUAGGCAAUGUAAUGAUCGUUAGAUUUGUAUGCGCGUUCAAAAUAUCUUUGUUAUUUGUGCGUUUAUCUUUAUAGUUCAUAUAUUAAAAAAUGUUACAUUUAAUGUAAGGAAGCUAAAACUGUAUGAAUUUUCGUCUAAUUGCGAUAAAUUUUUUUUAAUAGUUUUUGAAAUUUUAUAAUCUCAUUUAUUUUGCAAAUAUCCAGACAAUCUUUGCUUUUUAUGUAUAAAUUAGUUAACAUUGACCCUAUUUACCCGAAUGUAUCAUAAAAAUCAAUAUAUUCAAACCUAGUCAUCAUCCCCAUUAUAGAUUCCACUUUAGUUGAAUUGUUUAAUUGUAUUUUGUGCCUAUACCUGUACGAUUCGUGCAGCUUACCUUGACACCUGGCUCGAAUGAUGUUUGUGCCUACUGUGUUUGUUUGAUUGUGUUUCAUAACCAGGUGUCAGUUAAUUUGCACGAGUUAUUCCUAUCUAAUACCUAUUAUUUUUGGGCAAUAAUCAUUAAGCGUGUAGGUACCUAUCAAUUUAAAUCUUGUGACUGAUGCUGUGACUUUAAAAAUACCUACCUAGUCGUUAACUUAAUAACACGCAUUAAAUACCAAUCAAAAGAUGUUUGUUUAUGAUCUACCUACUUCAAUAAUAACUACGAAACUUUGUCGUACCUGCCUAAAGAAAAAUUGUACGUUUGCGUUAUCAACAUUGCCAAAAAAUAAUUUUAGAUGAACCUUGUUUACCUGUAAUAACACAAUAAAGUUCGUACCUUUAAAAUU